AUGGUCCUAAAAAUCAACAUAGAAAAAACCUUAAAAGGCUUUGAAACUCGAAUUAAAGAAUUAGAACAAAGUAAUGAAGAGUUACGUUCACAAUUCAAAUGUUUAGAAGAAAAGAUUAGAGAGCGAGAAGUAGAAACCAAAGCAAAGCAGGAAAUUAUUAAUAAUUAUGAUGAAAAAAAAAAGAAUAAGAAAUCUUGA